CGAGUGACUUUCCCAGCCCGGCACGGAGCAUCGGGCGCAUUUCUCCUCGGAGGGGCGGCUUAAGCGCGAUGCCCAGGUGGCUCUCCGGUGCCGGAUCGCGGCAUCUGAUGCCUCCCGCUCGCCUCCUUCGUGCCGUCGCCUUCUUGCUCUUGGUGCAGGCCCCCGGGGCUCACAGCCUCGGCCUCUACUCGCCCGAUGACCCGCUGGUGGAACUGGACACCGAUACGCUGGAACGCCGCAUCUUCAACUCCACUGGCGUGUGGGUGGUCGAGUUUUACGCCUCCUGGUGCGGCCACUGCAAAGCUUUCGCCCCGCUUUGGAAAGGCUUGGCCAACGACCUGAAGGACUGGAGACCUGCUGUGAUGCUGGGAGCUAUAGAUUGUGCUGAUUUUUCCAAUAAGAACAUCUGUUAUAAGUUUGGAAUAAAGAGCUACCCUACUGUGAAGUUUUUCAAGGUGUCCUCCCAAAAACCUGAGGAUGGCGUACAAUUCAACAAGUAUGAAAAAAACAUUGAGUCUCUAAGAGGGACCAUAAUCACUUUAAUGGAGAUUCAUGGAGAUACAUGGCCUUCUGCCAGCCCACCUUUGCGCCCAACAAGUGUGACAGAACUUCGUGAUUUCUUUCUGGUAAACAACGUGACUUAUUUGGCCUUGAUAUUUGACAAGGACGACUCCUUUCUGAGCAGAGAGGUAGCACUGGAUAUGUCUCAAUUUGAGAAUAUUGCAGUAAGGCAAGUCCUGCAGAGCAAUGAAGAGCUAGUGAAGCAGUUCAACAUCACUACAUUUCCAUCUGGCCUCCUUGUGACCAAUAAUGGUUCUUGCAGAAGCAUCCCUGGGCUGGAGGACUGGAGAUCCCAGUAUACUAAUUUCCUGCGGAACUUACCUGGGGUCUUUAGACGGGAUGUUUUCAUACCAACGGUGUCCCCCACUGCACAGUCAACAACUGCUUUUACAAUUUGGAAGGUGGCAGACAAGAGAAAGAUAUACAUGACUGAUUUAGAAUCUGCAGUGCUUUACAGUUUAAGGAUAGAGGCUGCAGUAUUCCCCAGCCUUGAGGGAGAGCGACUCUCUGCUUUGAAGGACUUUGUGUCUGUUUUGGUCCAGUAUUUUGCUGGGCGGUUGGUAGUCAAGAAUUUCCUUUACAACCUGGAUUUAUGGCUGAGACCAAAGACAAUUGUUUUGCAGAGUGAAUGGGAGGAAGCUCUAAAGAAUAAAAAGGAGUUUCCAAAUGCCACAUUACCUGAGAGACCUCACUGGGUAGGAUGUCAAGGAAGCAAGCCUCAAUUCCGGGGUUUUCCAUGUGGACUCUGGACUCUCUUCCAUCACCUGACUGUUCAAGCAUCAUGUCAAAAAGAGUCUGCUUCCUCAGGUGUACCUGAAGUUCUUCCUACAAUGAGAGGAUACGUCCACAAUUUCUUUGGCUGCAGGAUGUGUGCAGAGCAUUUUGAAGGGAUGGCAGCUGAAUCUAUGCAUGAGGUGAAGAACAGGGAUGAGGCUGUGCUGUGGCUUUGGUCAAGGCAUAACAGGGUCAAUGCUCGCUUGGCAGGUACAGCAACUGGUGAUCCCAUGUUUCCCAAGAUCCAGUGGCCUCCCAAAAGCCUCUGUUCUUCGUGCCAUUACACCCCAACUGACAGUUCUUUGCAGGAUGGGAACAAGUUUAUGUGGGAUGAGAACCGAGUCUUGAUGUUUCUCAAAUGGCAUUUUUCUGAAAAAAAUAUUUACAUGGAUUCUCCCCUGGAGCAUCCAACAAGAAAUGGUCGAAAUGUUGCUCAGCAAAAUUAUGAAGCUGAGUGGAAGCUGGAAGAGGGAGGAAGAGGAGAAGAGAAUGACCAGGGUAAUCAAAAAGAGCCAGAUGAAGACAAGAAAACAGAGCAGCUAGAGACUGGGAAAGUAGAAAAGAAGAAAUUUGAUUUGGGAAAACCUGGUUCUCCAGAGCUGCAUAAACCAAGCAUUGUCAAGAUGAGCACAAAGGCAAAAGAAAUGGUGGAGGAUAUUGUUGAUCUUGAUACAUUUAGUGAGCAGCAUUUUAAGAGCAAAGCUUUGAAGCCGGCAAGACAGAGUAGCAUCAGAGAGAGGCGGACUAAAAGGGACACUCGGCUGUUCCUGAUGGAGAAUGAGGGCCGACACUCACUUGAUUAUAUUAGAGAGUCCCUGAGGCAUAAGAACUUGGGAGCCAAACGGUUCUCUGGCAUCCAAGUGGAAAAGGAGAAUACUUCGAGGAAAAACCGGUGGAUCUAUAUCCUGGGAAUGGGUUUCUCCCGGUUGGAUGUCAGCUUGUGUGUUCUCUUGUAUUUGCUUUCUUCUGUCUGCCUGUUGGGCAUGUACACCUUCUUCCGCAUGCGCAUGAGUUACCGCAAGGCCCGGUUAGGCUACUCAUUGACAUGAAAUUGAAGGAGAGGUACAGUAGCCAUUAGAUAAUGGAAGGAGUAUGUGCAUAUCAGCUUGAUGUGGUGAUCUUUCACUAAACUAACAAUUCCUAUACUGAAUAUACACAGAUGCAAAAAUACACAGAUGAUAUAUUGGUUGUGAAGGGUGCAAAUUAGUAGAGUAUGCUAUUGGAUCUCCUAAAAUGCAUGGAAAUUGCUACUUUUAUAUUUGAAAGAGUACCUAGUGAACAGACAGAUCUGUUUUGUCCCAGUUGCCAGAUCAUUUUUAUACAAUUGUGAUUCUGUACCAGAAUAAAAUAGCUGAGUGUAGUGCCAAAAGAGGCAUGGGGUCAUAUUUCAGAGCACAUGGUGACAGGCUGAUUGUCUGAGGAAUCAGGAGCUCUUUAUUGUUUUUGGUUUUUGGUGGCGGGAGAGCAUUAAAUAAACAAAGGAUUCAGAUCUCAUUAGAUAAAUGUAGUAUGAUCCUCUUUUCAAUAGUCAGAAUUCAAUGCAAAUACUGUUGCUGUUUUAAGAAGAAAAAAGCACGAUGAGUUUAGGACCAGCAACAAAGGGGCACUUCUGAAAUCUUUGUGCCUUGUCCAAAUCCUGUAACAUUGUGAAGGAACCUAGAUAUACAAGCAGCCUAAAACAUUGUGCUGGAAGAUCUCUUGAACACUCUUAAUCUCUUUUCCAAAGCUUCUGUGCCACCAUAAAAUUACCAUUGGUAAAACCAGCCCUACGGUGUUCUUUGCCAAUGGCGGUAAACAAGCAAAUAAAAAAGAAUUAAGUUCUCCUUUCCAUACCCAUCUAAAAUAUAAAUUGAGGGAGUUUGCUCAGCCUUCUGCAUGACUUCUUAGGGUUCUGUGUAGAAUAUACUUUUGCCUGUAUUUCCCAUGCAGUCUAGCUUUUUCCCUUGAUCAGAUGACAGAAAACAAAACAGCCCUUGAAGUUUUUGAACUUGAACUCCUAGUGUAAAGAAUUAAAAGCGGCUGGCAAUAAGUUCAGGUCAAGACUGUGCAGUGGAAUAGAUAGAUCAGUGUGAGUCAAAACCUCCUAACCAGGGUAGCAGUUUUUACUAGCUGCUGUUUCUUUCAGUCCUUUCACUGUGUCCUUUGUCUUUUUCUCCAUAUCCUGGUAGCUUCAGCUUUGAUGCCCUUCCCUUUUUUUAUCCUACUCUGUAAACCAUGGGUGUCAAACUGGCCGUAUCACGUGAUGUAUUGCGAGGUGUUUUCCUUUGUGGAGCCGGGGUGGACAUGGCCUGCAUGUGAUGCAUGCGGCCUGCCAUUUUGAUUACCCCUGCUGUAAACUUACAUCUCUUCUAGUUUUUUUAACCAGGUGAUCUGUAUCUUUAUACAUAAUAAGAGAGAAGAAGUGAAAGCAAAGAUGCAUUUUUAGGAGUGCAGCUACCACUCCCUGAGCCACGAGUCAAUGAUUUUUGAAAUUAUUAGAAUUAUCCCUGUUGGGGCACCUACAUUCAAUUGGAAAGAAUUCUGGAGGAGAGAGAAUUAAUCAGGACCUCUAAGGAUCCUUUUGGCCAUUAAGUUUGAUUGCUGAGGAUUACUUUCCAAUUGUUUCUGAGCUGCCUCAGUGUGGAAAGAAGUGUGGAAUAGCCUAGUCUUGUUUAAAAAGAAAGAAGUUAUUGAUAAAUCAGAUAAAAACAUUAAUCUAGCAAGAUUUCUCCACUGGGGAAGAAUGAUAAGACUUUAGAAGGUAGAAGACAAAUGAUACACCUAGAUGUCUAAUAAAAUAUUGCAAAUUCCUAUUUGUUGCAUUUCCACCUGGUACCAUUACCCUAGGACAGGGGCGUUAAACUCCAGCCCGUGGGUCAGAUCCUGCCCCUGGGGUGCUUAGAUCUGGCCUGCGGGGCCACCCUGGAAACAGCGAAGGACCAGUCCACGUGCCUCUGCCAGCAAAAACGGAGCUUGAGAGGCCUGUGUGCGGCCCUUCUGAGGUCUGUUUUCACUGGCAGGGGGCUGCAGGAGGUCGUCACGGC